AAUAGCAUUUUGCACAUACCUUUGUUUGGGAUAUUCUAUAUAUCUAAUGAAGUGUUCAUUUUAUAUAUAUAUAGGUGGCUAUCGUUACUCCAUUUAAUUUUCCACUGGAAAUUCCUGUACUACAGUUGAUGGGUGCAUUAUACAUGGGAAAUAAGCCUGUACUGAAAGUUGACAGCAAGGUGUGCAUUGUAAUGGAACAAAUGCUCCGUCUGCUUCAUGAUUGCGGGCUGCCAUUGAAGGAUGUUGAUUUCUUAAAUUCUGAUGGAAAGACUAUGAACAAACUGCUUUUGGAGGGAAAACCGCGCAUGACUCUAUUCACUGGCAGCUCAAGAGUAGCAGAGAAAUUAGCUGGGGACCUUAAAGGUCGCAUAAAGCUCGAAGAUGCUGGGUUUGACUGGAAGAUCCUUGGCCCUGAUGUUGAUGAGGUGGAUUAUGUUGCGUGGGUUUGCGAUCAAGAUGCCUAUGCAUGUAGUGGUCAGAAGUGCUCAGCUCAAUCCAUACUUUUUAUGCAUGAGAAUUGGAGUCGAAGUCCUCUCAUCAAAUUAAUGAGUGAGCUUGCUGCUAGAAGAAAGUUAGAUGACUUGACAGUUGGUCCCAUUCUCACGUUUACUACAGAAGCAAUGCUGGGCCAUAUGAACAAGUUGCUGCAGAUACCAGGAUCUAAGAUUCUCUUCGGUGGCGAACCCUUGGAAAAUCAUUCCAUCCCUUCAAUAUAUGGUGCCAUUAAACCAACUGCUGUUUUUGUGCCUCUCGAAGAAAUCUUAAAGGAUGAAAACUACAAUCUUGUGACAACUGAAAUAUUUGGCCCAUUCCAGAUUGUCACUGAAUACAAGGAUGAUCAACUGCCUAAUGUCUUGAAUGCCCUUGAAAGGAUGCAUGCAAAUUUAACAGCUGCUGUAGUUUCAAAUGAUCAGCUGUUCCUGCAAGAAGUGAUCGGCAAUUCUGUCAAUGGGACAACAUAUGCUGGAAUAAGAGCAAGAACAACUGGCGCGCCACAAAACCACUGGUUUGGUCCAGCGGGAGAUCCAAGAGGAGCUGGUAUCGGGACACCGGAAGCAAUAAAGCUGGUAUGGUCUUGCCACAGAGAGAUCAUAUAUGAUGUUGGCCCUGUGCCAUCUGCUUGGCAACUUCCCCAGCCAACAUAACAAGGAAAUCCAAUCGUUUUGUAUUUUUGUAGCAAUGGAAUAAAAAGUGCGAGCAUUUUAACACGUGCUUCGAGCGAGGUGCGCCCUCUAAACGUUUUGAAUAUUUCCCAAUAAGAUCAAGCCAUUGUAUAACUCAAUGAAUAGUAAUUUGCAUUUGAAUUUGGUCCCUUAAAAAAAGUUCAAAUAUUAU